CUACAAAACUACAAACAAAUCUAUAAUCAAAAUUUUCUAUUCUGUCAUUGUUUAGGUUGCUAAGAAUCUUCCCCUUUGAGUUUUAUAUUUAAUUAUAAUUUUAAACAAUGGCUGAAGCCGAUCAUUCGCAAAAAGUUACUGAGUUUUGUAACUUAACCGGCGCUGAUGCUGAUUGUGCAAGAUUUUAUUUGGAGGCCGCUGCUUGGAAUACAAAUAUGGCGAUGUCAAAUUAUUAUGCAGAUGAAGAUCAUGACAGUACAGCUUAUCUUCCUCCUGCAGAAAAGGCUAAAGGUUCAACUGCUAGUGGUCCUAGAAUUGCGACUUUUGCUAAUUUAACAAAUAACGCAGAAGAAGAGGAGGAAGGACAGGCAUUUUAUGCUGGUGGCUCUGAGAGAAGUGGUCAACAAGUUUUGGGCCCAGGAAAACGCAAAUCUGGAAAUCAAAUUGUAGAAGAAUUAUUUGAUGCUGUUAAGAAGAAUUGUGGAGAGCUUCUUCAUCAACCAGACAAAGACAAUAGAAUGUUUCAUGGAACAGGAUAUGUUCUUGGAUCAGAAGGAAGUGCUUCUUCUGCAUCUUCAAACAAUGCUCCCACAGAAAUCAGAUUAACUUUAUGGAAAACUGGCUUUACUGUUGACAGUGGAUCUCUUAGAGACUAUCAUGAGCCUCACAACAAAGAAUUUUUAGAUUCCAUUCGCCAGGGGGAAGUCCCCCUGGAGCUUCGAAGACAGGCAAAUGGAAGAGAAACGCAGGUAAGCCUUGAUGAUCAUAGCCAUGAAGAUUAUAUUCCUCCUAAGAAAGUCCUUCAAGCUUUUAGUGGUGCAGGAUUCAGAUUAGGAAGUAUUUCACCUCAAGUGACUGCAGCAGCAGCAUCGACGGAUGAUCGCAAAAAGAAUGAGGCUGAGGCUCAAUCAUGCAUUAAAGUAGAUGACUCUAUGCCUGUCACAAGCAUUCAAAUUCGCUUGGCUGAUGGAUCAAGGUUAGUUAUGAAUGCAAAUCACAACCACACUGUUGGUGAUAUAAGAAGAUUUAUAGUUAUAUCUCGUCCAGAGUAUUCUGAGUUUUCCCUGAUGACUUCUUUUCCUACGAAAGAACUUACUGACGAGAAUGCAACGCUCGAGGAAUCGGCUCUGCUGAAUUCAGUGAUUGUUCAGAAAAUGAAAUAAAUAUUCUAUUUAUCUUGUAUAUAGUACUUAUAUGUAAGAAAAAUAAAACAUUUUGUAAUA